UCCCGCCCCGUCCUGCCCCGUCGCAGCCCGGUGGCGGUGCGGUCGGCGCUGUGGAUGGAGGCCGGCGCUGAGGUGGAGCCGCUGCUGCCCCCGCGGCGCUGGCGGGCGGGCCGGGGGCUGUGGCAGGAGCGCGGCGGUGCCCGCUCGGCUGGCGGGGACGGUGCUGGAGCUGAUAAUGACCUUCAUAUAAACCAAGCCAUAGUAUUUAUUGAAGAUGCAAUACAAUACCGAUCUAUAAAUCACCGUGUGGACUCCAAAUCCCUGUGGCUUUAUCGAUGGUACUAUUCCAGGACUUGCCAGUGGAUUUUGAGCUUAACCAUUACUGUAAUCUUGGCUUUGGCUUUCAUUGAAGAGCCUUCCUCACUCACUGUCACGUCGGAUGUGCGGUACCGCCUUCCCAGCUGGAAUCCUCCCUGUGGCCUCACCGAGAGCGUGGAGCUGCUCUGCUUCCUGGUGUUCAUGGUUGAUGUAUCUGUGAAGAGUUACUUAAUUGGAUGGAAAGAAUUUUGGAAAAAUAAAUGGCUAAUGGCUUAUAUACUGACAUUAAUUGUUUCCCUUGCUGAUUGGAUUGUGUCACUGAGUUUUUUCUGCAAAGAGAGUGUGAGAAUAAGAAGAAUCCUUCGCCCGUUCUUUCUCCUCCAGAAUUCUUCUAUGAUGAAGAAAACGUUAAAAAGUAUCAACAGCACAUUGCCUGAAAUGAUGAGUGUUCUUCUACUACUGGCUGUUCAUCUGUCUCUCUUCACCAUGUUUGCCAUGCUGCUCUUUGUUCGAACAAAGGAUAACCAGCAGGAUAAGGAAUGGGUGGUGUAUUUCCGGAAUUUGCCGGAUUCCCUGACGUCACUGCUGGUCCUGCUGACCACUGCUAAUAAUCCUGAUGUGAUGAUGCCUGCAUAUUCUAAGAAUCGAGCAUAUUCAAUCUUCUUCAUUCUCUUCACUGUAUUGGGCAACUUGUUUUUGAUGAAUUUGCUUACAGCAAUAAUAUACAACCAGUUUCGAGGGUAUCUUCUGAAAUCAGUUCAGUCCUCCCUCCUCAGGAGGCGGCUGGGAAUCCGGGCUGCGUUUGAGGUGCUGUCUUCCCUGAAAGAGACUCCUGCUAGUGGACAACAGUCCUGUGUCAGUGUUGGGGCCUUACUGCAGGUGCUGCAGAAAGCUGAGAUGGAUUCUCGCUGCAAGCAAGCCAUCACGAGAUCACUCAAAAUGUGCUCCUGUGACCAGCUGUCAGCUGCCCAGUUCCAGAAGCUCUUUGAAGAACUAGACAAAGAUGCCAUUAAGCAACACCCUCCCAGUCCAGAGUACCAAUCCCAUUUUAUGCAGAAAAUGCAGUUUGCCUUUGGACAUCCCUACUUUGGCUACUUGGGGAAUGUGAUAGCCCUGGCAAACAUUAUUUCUAUUUGUGUGGUUUUGGUGAUAGAUGCAGAUAAGCAGCCAUCUGAAAGAGAUGACUUCUUCCUGGGGGCUAUCAACUGCUUCUUCAUCCUGUACUAUCUGCUGGAAAUGUUGCUGAAAAUCUUAGCAAUGGGCUUGAAAAGAUACUUGUCUUACCCAAGCAAUAGAUUUGAUGGACUUCUGACUGUAAUUUUACUGAUUCUGGAGAUUGCAACUUUUGCUGUGUAUGGAUUUCCUCAUCCUGGCUGGAGGCCCGAGUUCAUGGGCUUGUUGUCCCUGUGGGAUAUGGUGCGGCUGGUGAACAUGUUAAUUGUCUUCAGGUUCCUGCGGAUUAUCCCCAACAUGAAGUUCAUGUCUCUGGUUGUUACUACACUGCUGGAUCUGGUGAAAAACUUAAGAGCCUUUGCAGGAAUCCUUGUGGUGGUUUUCUAUGCAUUUGCUAUAACUGGAAUAAUACUAUUUAAAGGUGCUGUUGUUUCCUUGGGAAAUACCAGUGCUGCCAACAGCACACAUGGCAAUGGCACUCUGAAGUGUGGGACCUAUGAACAACUGGAAUAUUGGCCCAACAACUUCGAUGACUUUGCUGCAGCAGUGGUGACCCUCUGGGAUGUGAUGGUGGUGAACAACUGGCAAGUCUUUUUGGAUGCAUUUUCAAGAUACUCAAGUCCGUGGUCAAAGAUCUAUUUUGUAGCCUGGUGGUUGAUCUCCUCUGUCAUCUGGGUUAAUCUCUUCGUAGCUUUACUUCUGGAGAACUUUAUUCACAAGUGGGACCGUCGCUGCCAGCGAGAGUCUCUUUCAGAUAUUGAAUACCAGAGGACAGUUGAACUCAUGUUCAGAGAUGUUUUGGAAGAACCUACAGAAGAGGAGUUGAUGGAAAAACUGCACCAGCACCCACACCUGCACUUAUGUAGGUGACUAGUGGGAAGGACUGAUUUAUUUAGACCUCUGUUUUCUUGAGGUUGUCAGCUGGAAGAAACUGAGUGGAUUUUCUGUGAGAUGUUGUUAGAAGGGGGACUUGUAGGACACUACAUGAGGUUUUGCUUGGGAAUUCUCUGCAGAAAUGUUUUUUUAUUUUGGGUUCAUAUCUUUUUUUUGAAAAAGAUUUGAAUCCUGCCAGCUUGAUUUUAAGUUGCAAUUUUAGAAGGAGUAUUGCAGCUGUUAUUUUUGUAGGGUGUUGAUAUCAGGUUUUAUUUACUUUUUUUAUUAGGGAAAGUCUCUCUAAAAUGACAGUGCACUUUAAAACAUGAACUUUAUAACCACUAAGCCUACUACUUUUUUCAGCACAAGGAGAUGGAGCUGCCUUUUUUGGCAGGCAAGUGUGGCAAGGACUGUGCCCUGCAAUUCAUGAAUGGAUUAGGCAGGACCAGAACAAAAUCCUUAAUCUUCCUGUAGUGAGAGCUGGAUUGCUGCUUUUAUUGUAAUGUGACACCAGCAUAUUUUACCAAAUUUUCUGGAGCACAAUCAAUUCCAGCUUAGUAACAGGGACUGCCUGAUUUGCACAUCCUCCUUUUCUCUUUGCUUUCCAUGGGGGGGUUCAUGCUAAUUGAGCCAUUCAGGUCACUGAGAGCAGUUGGAACCUGGACUGGAGCAAUUGCACUCAUGGUUUUCAAUGUGGUAAAACUAAGCUCUCUUUCAGAGACAAUAUUCUCAUGUUGCUCUUUUCUGAACCUCUUCCUUUUACUUUCUUCCAAGUCAUGUUCUACACUGUGUUGUAUUCCAUGAAAAAGCUAAUGGGAAUCAUCUUUGGCUGGAAUGUUGUACCAUGAUCAGUGGAGUCGCCCACUCAAAGGGGGAAGGGGGAAAAAAAAGGUUGAAUGGGAUAAUGAAAGUACUUAACAGUUGAAAUUUUAAUAUGAGCCCGUGGGAAUUGAAGGUGCUCAACCAGUAUUGCAGGAUCACAUUAUUUUAUGGCUUAAUAACCACUGUACCACUAACUUUCACCAGGGUAAAACUUUUGGUUUCUCAGCAAAUCCAAAGUGGAGGAUUCACAGUAAGCUGUGUCCACAUGCUUUUUGCUAUCCCUUAGUGUUCCUCUAAAAACUGAUUUCUGCUUGAAUCUCU